AUGGAAGAAGAGGAGGAAGCCACGCUGGACAUGCUGCUUCAACAGCAGAUAGUGGAGGCACUGGCCCGACGCACCUCGAGUGGCGACGAGGGGGAGAGGAAGACGCCACCCCGGCCCACCCCGACAACGCCCAGGCCGGCCAUGCAGCCUGGGCCGUGGUGCCGUGUGUCGCCCUGGCAAUUCUACAUCCACCGGCGCGGCCCAGCCGACGACGCAGGAGAGGAACAGCUGCCGGGGACUACAAGCACGCCGAGCGUGAGCACGAGCACGAACGCCACUCCAGCGCCACAAACCACCCCCCGGCGGCCACCAUCGACCACGACGCCACCAGCAUCCACCUCUGCAGCGACCAAGCGUAAGAGGCUGGACCUCGAGAACGAAAACGAAAACAAAAACGAAGAAAACGAGAAGCGCGCCAAGGCUGUGGUCAUCGAGAGCGGUGUCGAUGAUCAACCGGUACCUUCAAAUGAUGUCGGGAGAAGCACCAACGCGGCACGCGAGCACCGCCAGGGCCACGUCUACUUCAUCGCGGCUUCACCCUACCGGGACGAGUGCAAGAUCGGACAUUCGGCCAACAUUAUCAAGCGGCGCCAGCAGCUCCAGACGGGCAACGCGGCGCGACUGGAGGUGCUCUACACGAUUGCGCAGCCGUCGGCCGGCGAGGCGCGCAUGCUGGAGCAGGCCCUGCACGCCUACCUGGCCCACAGGCAGCUGCAGGGCGAGUGGUUCCGGCUGUCGCGCGAUGAGGUCCGCGCAGCCCACGCGCUCGCGUCGCACCUGAGCAGCGAGGUCAUCCACACCUUGGCCAAGCUCUCCACCACCAUCACCCACACACCAACCUCCACAGCUACAGAAUUGUGA